ACUGACAGUCCAACUUGGUAUCACUCACGGUCGACAUCUGGCUGGCUGCGCGGGUCCCGAAGCUGUGACGUCACAUUCCCGCGCCGCCUGUGCUGCUUUCAAGAGUCUGCGCGCACAAUGAGUCCCAUCGAGCUCCUGCACAUGUCCGUCUUCUCCCAAAGUUUUUCGCCGUGCGGACGAUUUCUGGCGGCAGGAAACAACUAUGGGGAGAUUGCCGUCUUCAGUUUGUGUGCAGCGUUGAGUCCGGACGCGUCAGAGGCGGCCCGCAAAGCGCUUUUAACCUUUACAGCUCACAGGGGUCCGGUCUUCUGCCUGGUGUCUGUGGGCGGACAACUGCUGAGCAGCGGCGAUGGCGAGAUCAGCGCCUGGAACUGGGCGGAGCUCAUCAAGAAGAACGUGAAGGCCGUCUGGACCAAGAGACCCCAGCAUGACUUCAGGUCCAGCAUGGAGAUCCCCGAGAUCAACGCCAUGGUCGUCAACCCCCGGGACAACAGUCUGCUGGUGGGCGGCGGCGACAACAACAUUCACGUCCUGGACCUGGAGCACGGCGUCUUCAAGUGCGUCUUCCGCGGCCACUCGGACUACGUGCACUGUCUGAGCGUGCGGGAGCGUGACGGCGAGGUCUUGUCAGGCGGCGAGGACGGCACCGUGAGGAUGUGGGACAGCAGGGCGGGGGAGUGCGUUCACUGCGUGGACGUGCACAAGUACCAGAAAUGUGCCCGGCCUCAGUUUGGAAAGUGGAUCAGCUGUUUGACCACAGACUCUGACUGGAUGCUUUGCGGCGGCGCACCUUUCCUGUCCCUCUGGCACCUGCGCUCGCUGACGCCGACCUCCAUCUUCCCGCUGAGCGGCUGCCAGAGACAAGUCAGCUUCUACCAGGACAUGAUCCUGGCGGCCGGCGAAGGCGCGUUCGUGUCUCACUGCCUGCUGGGCGGGGAAGUCAAGGCUCAGAUUCCGUGUCGGCCUCACAACGUCAACAGCCUGCAGCUCAACAGCGGCGAGCACCAGGUGCUGACGGCGGCGGGAAGCAGCCAGCACGUGGACGUCUUCACCAACGUGUCCUACAGAGCCUUCUCACUCAGCUUCUGAACUUUGCAAGCAAUAAAAUGUUUCCUGCGUG